AUGAUUUCAAGUUUACCAAACGAAUUAUUAUUAAAAGUGUUUAAGAAAAUUACAAUACCACCAGCUUCAGAACAAAACUUACCAGAUGAUUCAUUCCCUUUUUCAAUUACAAAUUCCAAUUUAACUACUACGACAUCAAACACAACUAUUAAUUUAUCUACAUUGACAAAUGCUGGUGAAACUAAUUGUACAAUUCAUAUAGAUUUUAUGAAAAAAGAUUCAAAAUCUUCUUUAGGAUGGAAAACCAAAGGGAAUAUUCCUAUAAUUACAAUACCACAUGAUGAUUAUAAAAUUAUCAAAGAAGCAAAAUUUUGUAAAGAAUUGAUGUUGGGAUAUAGAUUAUUUCCGUAUGCUAAAAAAUUAUCCAAAAAUCUUUAUCAAUUACCAAAUGCUCAUACACAUUCUUGUGACGUACCACAAACACCAGGAAUCGUAUCAUAUCCGACAAAUAUAAUAGAUCAUAAUAGAAAUGAUGACGAAAUUUUGGAAUAUCCUAAUUCAAAUGUUUCAACUUGUAAUGAAAUUGAAUUUAUUUAUUUAACGAUUCCAAAAGAAUCUUUAUUGGAAUUGAUGGAUUCUUUGGAUCGUCUUGCUG